GUUGUCAAGGUGAGACAGUGACCCUGAGGUCUGUGAAGAGUGAGGAGUCUUUGACGUCACAGCACAGCGGAGCAGGGACCCUGCGAUGUCCGUCUCUCCAUGUCCAGCGGGUCAGUGUUGAAGAGGGGGUGACCGCAGCCAAUGAGGAUGCAGAGGACAUCUACGCAGUCCCAGAGCCCAGGCAUGGAACGACGUGCUCUGGUCUGGGCCCGGAAUCUCGGCUCCGCACCCCGGCCAUCUCCAACCCGCUCUCCACCAGCGUUCCGGCUGAGGUGCUGCAGAUGCUGGGCUGCUGGGCCGGUGAGCCCCAGGCUUCGGCCUGGUCGCCCGCACAGACUAUCUCCCUGCUCCUGGAGACCCGGCAGCUCCAACGCAGGGACAGCGGAGCGAGGGAGGCCGGCUCGGAGACGGAGGACCGAGGGGACAGCCCCGGCCCGGAGUUACCCUGGACAUCGGAAGGUGAGCAUUCCCAACUGGGACACCCUCCCUCAACUCCCCUCCGCCCCCACCACUAUCCUCAGCAAAUCGGACUGUCAGAUCUUCAGGGACAUUCUCCCAGACAGGGAGUGUCUGGAAAGGAACCCCAAGGAGACGGGAGAAGGCCAUUCAGCCCAUCCAGCCUGCUCCCCCAUUCCAUAGGAUCACCACCCAAUCCUGUUCCCACAUUCUCCCCCAUAGCUUUCCAUAGCAGUGUGUGU